GCCGACGUGGCGGGGCGGGGAAGGGAAGGAGCCGGGGGCGCGCCGGCCGGGGCACUGCUGAGCGAACUGAAAAUGUCUGAAGACAUAUCUGAUGGGACCCUGUCUGAAGAAAAACCUGAAGUAAUGGCAAUGCCCAGCAAUGAAGUAUUGUCUCACGACUCUGUACCACACCUUGUAGAAGMUGAUAUCUUGCAUGGGUCUUCACAAGAUGAACAUGGACAGGUCACUCAGAAUGUCAGUAACAGACAGGAAGGAGACAUAUUAAUUAAUGAAAACCCUUUGACAGAAAAACCAGUUGAAAAUAUACCUUCCAGUGAAGAGACAGCUGAAGACUUGCCCACCGAGUGCAUUGAAACUGUAAGCCUUGAUGCAGAACCUGAAUUGGAAGAAACACUGCAUGAACAAAGCAGUCCAGCUGCAGACUCCUCAGCUAAAGCAAGUAGAUGGGGAGCUUGGGGUACCUGGGGAAAGUCUCUUCUGUCAUCAGCUUCUGCCACAGUGGGUCAUGGGAUAACAGCAGUAAAGGAAAAAGCAGGAACUACCCUAAGAAUUCAUAGCGGAAGUUCAGCAUCAUUGGAAACAGCAGAGCCUCCUGCAGCUGAAAUUCCAAUUGCAGAAGCAGAAGAUUCUCUGGACCAAAGCUCUUCUGAGAAUAUUCCUUCUUCUCCUUCAUCUGGAUCUCGUGGCAUGCUGUCAGCUAUCACUAGUGCUGUACAAAACACCGGGAAAAGUGUAUUAUCUGGAGGCUUAGAUGCUUUGGAAUUUAUUGGGAAGACAACCAUGAAUGUCCUUGCAGAAAGCGAUCCUGGAUUUAAGAGAACCAAAACACUCAUGGCAAGAACAGUCUCACUAUCUCAGCUAUUGCGAGAAGCUAAAGAAAAAGAGAAACUGAGGCGGGCCCAGCAAGUUACAGUUGAAAGAACAGCACAUUAUGGACUACUUUUUGAUGAAUUCCAAGGUUUGUCUCAUCUUGAAGCUCUGGAAAUCCUGUCAAAUGAAAGUGAAGCUCAGAUUCAGUCACAUUUAGCAACACUUGAUGGAGAACAGUUGGAGACUGUGAAAAAUGAUUUAAUUGCUAUAAAAGAGAUUUUUGUUCCAAAGGAAUUAGAUAAUGAAGUGGUGCAGGCACAAAAAGCAGACAUGGGAGAAGAGUUUGUCAGCAUGCUCACGGAACUGCUCUUUGAAUUGCACGUUGCUGCUACUCCUGACAAACUAAAUAAGGCUAGGAAAAAAGCUCAUGAAUGGCUGGAAGAAGCCAGUUUGUCUACCCCAGUAGAUAUAGAAGAGGAGCUAAAAGAAAAGCCUGGAGAACCUUGUGAAGAAAAUACUCAAAAAGAUGAUAAAAUUGACAGUGAUAAAACCAAARCAGACAAAAGCAAAACUGUGGAGGAAAUAUACAUGCUGUCCAUUGAAAGUCUGGCUGAGGUAACUGCUCGUUGUAUUGAACAGCUUCAUAAAGUAGCAGAAUUAAUUCUGCAUGGGCAAGAAGUAGAAAAAACAGCUCAAGAUCAAGCAAAAGUACUGACAAAUUURACAAGUGCCAUGUGCAAUGAAGUUUCAUCUUUAUCAAAGAAGUUUACUGAUUCUGUAACAGCAGCUGGGAGCAGUAUGAAGGCUGAGGUUCUUAACCCCAUGAUCAACAGUGUGCUACUAGAGGGCUGCAACAGUACUACUUAUAUUCAGGAUGCUUUCCAGUUACUGCUUCCAGUUCUGCAAAUUUCCCAUAUCCAGACCAGUUGUUUGAAAGCCCAGGAGUUGUCAGCCUGACAGCAGCCACAGACCCAAUGUCUUUAACUGUGCCAAGAGAAGAGCUGGUAUGAGAGAUGUCUGGCCACUAGAUCUCUUUGAAGACACUAAAUGCAGUUUUGCACAUACAGUACUGAACAACAUUUUAAAACUCUUUCAGACUUUAGAAGUAGUUAGUAGAGUGAGUAAUUUUUUUUUCAGUAUAGUUCAUGCUUUGCAUUAAUUUAARUAGAAGUUUAGUGAUAUUAGCUUUACUUAAACACAGAUUUAAAUGUUGACGCUUUCCGUUGUAAACAAUGUAUGGAACAAAUUAGAAUGUAAAGUCUCUUAAAACACUUCACUUAAAAUGACCAUUUCUAUUGUUUGUAUUAUAAAUGUCAGUUAAAAAUGUGUAUUUCAAAAGCUGGUUUCAGUAUUUAAUUUUUGCCAAGRUGAACAAUUUAUCAUAGUGUUGAGUUUGUUAAAUAUUAUUUCCAGUAGCAAAUAAUAACAUCAWAUUAAUAUGUACCACUAACAUAACACUUCGUAUUAAAGGAGUUGCAUAGCAGUAGUAUUAACUUUACUAAAUUAAAAUUAUGGAGGAUAUGCAUAAAGAAUUACAGUGGAUAGAAAUUUUCUGAGCCAGUUUAGAGUACGGGUAUAACUCUCUAUUUGCUGACCCAAAACUUUAUAUUYGUUUAGGUCUAUUUUUUCAUUUUCCAUUCACUCCAUUUCUUCACGCCAGACAAAAGUAAUCUUUCUAAUAUGCAAGGGAUAUAAAAUUUCCACUUUGUUUGGCAAUUGAAACACCUCCUAAAUAAUUUUCUCUCAUAUGUAUUUCCAGAUUAGCACUUUGGAGUUUGCUGAUACCUACUGCUGACACCUAGUUCAAAAAUAGAAGUUGUAGUAAGUUAUGAGAGAAUUGCUUUGGGUGUGGAGGUGAUAUGUCAGAGCAAUCACAUUUUUUCCAAGGCAAUAGUUAGGCAGGGCAUAAACAAGCAACAGGAAUAACAUUUUGUAACAGCACUAGCAUCAUGCUAGUUUGUCCACAUCUUUUGCUUAAAAUCCUGAGCUGUGGACCUAAGAAUUUUAGUCUAGUUUACCUCUCAGACAGGAGAAACUUUCCAAUAUUUUACRUAGCCUGUUCUCUUGGAUUUUUGCCAUUUAUUAUGUUUCUUUCAGCUAUUUUGUAUUUUUUUUUCUCUUGAUAUACUCAUGAAUUGUAUUUAAAUGCUAAUUUUUACAGUUAACGUUUUAAUAUGUGUAAGUUUAGGUCAUAUAUCAUAAAAAUAAUGAAAUACAGCCUGAGGAAGUUUCUGUGUUUGAUAGAAAAGGGAAACCAUGUAUCUGCUUUGCACAUGGACUUCUUUGAGUCCAAGUAAGAGAGGACAGACAGAUCUACUUGUGUUUUACACUAYUAUGGUGUCUGUUCUGCUGUCACACUCACUGUGACUUUUCCAUUUUUUAUUGUUUAGAGAUGAAAUUUUCCCUAUCCCUGAAAUAAGGUUUAUUAUGCAAAAUCUAUUUUCUGGCACCCUGUAAUUUAACAGACUUAUCUUUCAGGGUAAGUAGAGGAUGUACAGUCUUCAAAUUCAUUUGUACAGGCUGCAUAUAAUAUCAGAAGCAUCCAGGGAUAAUGUYUGAAAUCAUUGAGGGGCAUUCUUAAAACAAAGAUUGCUUGUCUGAGAUACAUCUUACUAGAAGUUUCACUGUCUUGCUUAAAUUACACAUUUAUGAAUUAAGUACCUUACCCUGAAGUAAAAGAAACUAUAAAAAGUAGUGUGGGGUCUUAAAAUAUAGGAAGGGAAACAGGGCAGGAUAUGAGCAUAUGGAUACUCCCAUCUGAUCUUAGAUUCAGUCAUUUUGUCCUAGGAAAAUGGAACRUUUUAUCUUUAAAUCAAUUUUAGGUAAAUAAUAUUUCAGUAGAAAAGUACUAUAUGGAUGUAGCCAGAAUAUUUUGUUUACACUGAUUUGUAUUUUUCCACCACUCAAAUAAAUAAUUUGAGAUAYUGAACUGAGACAGUACAUUAAAAGGGAGUGGUUUGAAGAAUAAUGUGAUGGAAGUAUAUUCUCAGCGAAGUAAUUUACUUUCUGAUUUUGUGAUUAACCUUUGGAAUGGAUUUUAGUGGGAGACUGACAAAAACAGAUGUGUCCUUAAACUUUUAAUGUAUUCUUUCUUUCAUCAUUACCCUUUUCCAGGUCAGUACAUUGAGUGUGCCUUGGCACUUGGCAAACUAUUAGGUUUAAAGUACUCUUGAAAAUUACCUGUUCUCUUGAAUAGAUGUGUUUUCCAUGGCAUUCCAUUCACUUUUGAGCACACCCAUCCAGAAACAAAGGGGGCAGGCUURUGCACUAAGUUAGAAAUUUAUCAAGAUGAAGCAUAAAGCAAUGUCUGCAUACCUAGAGCCUUGCACAUGUUCCACAGUUACAGGUCAUCCCUGAAGAAUGAGCUGGAAUUAGACUGUUAGAGAAAUAAUUUACUGUAUAUUAAGGAUAUAUACUUAUUUUUUUGGUGGUUGGGUU